ACACACAGAGUCACAAAACUUUGUUUAUUGUUUUGUUUGGACUCAAUCAAAACUCUUGACCUACCUUUACAUACAUCUCAACGUCGUCGUUUCAUCAUCGCCGGAAACACAAUGUCGGUCUCUGGUGGCGCCGUCAUCGUCGGCCGUCGUAACACCCGCCAUCACGUCGAGAAUCGUUUCUACUGCCCACCGGCGCUACGGAAACAGAGACAACAACAACAACAGGAACAGGAACAACAAGAGGAACAUGAAUUAACGUUAAUUGAAAACAAUAACACACCUUGUUCCUCUUCUGAUAACUCUGUUUCUUCCACUUCGAUUGAAACAACCGUUGAUGCUGCUUCUAAUUUGUGUCGGUUUCUUGAGCAUACCACGCCGCAUGUUCCCGCUCAUAGUUUUCCAUUGAAAAGUAAGAGAAGAUGGAAAACAGUGGAGCCAGAACUGCAACCAUACUUUGUGCUUGGGGACUUGUGGGAAUCUUUCAAGGAGUGGAGUGUAUAUGGAGCUGGUGUUCCAUUGGUAUUGAGUGGGAAUGAAUCUGUUAAACAGUAUUACAAUGUCUCUUUGUCUGCUAUUCAGCUAUAUAUUGAUCCAUCAAAGCCUUCCCUGCGGUUAAGGAAACCCAGUAAGGAGAGUGACUCUGAAUCAGCUAGAGACACGAGCAGCGACAGCAGCAGUGGCUAUCAUCAUGAAAGAGGAUCUAAAAGUGUAGUUAAUGGCAGUUCAAACCUUCCUAACUUAUCAGAUGCAAGCAACCUUGGUCUGGAAAGACUUUCACUUGCAAGUAAACCUUUCACAGGUUCAUCAAGUGAUGAGAAUGGAAGCUGCAGUGCACUUGGUCAGCUUGUAUACGAAUACUUUGAGCAUGAAUCACCUUAUAAUCGUGAACCAUUAGUGGAUAAGAUUCAUGAUCUUGCUAAGCAAUUUCCUGAUUUGAAGACCUACCGGAGCUGUGAUCUUUCAUCUUCAAGUUGGGUUUCAUUAGCUUGGUAUCCAAUAUAUAGAAUACCUGUCGGUCCCACACUGCAGGAUUUGGGCGCAUGUUUCCUAACCUUCCAUUCCCUGUCAACACCUUUACAAAGUCCAACUACGAUAAAUUGUUCAAGAAAAGAUAAGGACAUAUCAUCCAAGCUAUCUCUACCAAUAUUUGGCCUUGCUUUUACCAAGUUCAAAAUUUCUGUCUGGGACCCUGAAGGGGAUUCUGAAGAUCAGAAAGCCAAUUCUCUGAGGCGAGCUGCUGACAACUGGAUUAGGCAAUUGCAAGUUAACCAUCCUGAUUACAAAUUCUUUAGUACCAACUAUUCAUAUUGUAGAUGAGCAGAGUUUUCUCUAAUAAAUAAGCUGAAGCAGCCAAGUUCCAGCUUAUGAUGUCUCACCUUGUAUACCGUUAUUUUCUUUGCAAGGAUCACUUUUAAGUGUUAUCAUAAAAUCAGAUAAAAAGGGUUUGUUCUUCAGUUUUCAGUGGGAUGCAAGGCCUUUAACCAAGUUUUUGCUUUUCUGUAGAAAAAGGUCAAAUUGUCUCUUGAAAAUGUAUAUUUUUCAUGGCACUUUAUGCCUAGUUUUGUAUAGAUGAUGACGUACAUUAUAAUCCUCAGUUUUCACAUCCUUAUUGUGAGAUGUAAUUAUCCUACAGAAUUCCAGUAUUACUGGUUUAUUCUUGAUAGGCUAAAUUAAUGGGAUAUUAAAUUAUUAUUUGGACA